GAUAUCAUGGUCAUGGAUAUACAUAGAAAAGGACGUGAUGUACAUUUAGGAAGAGCGAGACUGAUUCGUGUAUGUAGCAGUACUUUUGAGGACAAUUAAGAUCAUCAUUUUAAACGUUGUGCGUUUCAGUAAGAUAAACGUCGGAUUUGCAACUUCUUUCCAUUAUUUUUCAACCUCUGGAAAUAUACUUAUUUCAUCAGCUAAUCACAAAUGGCAUCGCCAAAGUGGGCGGAGUUAGGUCUGAUACCGGAUGUGAUUGACGUGGCCCCGCCCCUCAGAGCCGAGGUCGUCUACCAAUCAGGUGUGUCAUGUGACUUUGGGAACGAGCUUACACCAACCCAGGUAAAGGACAUGCCUAUUAUCACCUUCCCAUCUGAAGAGGGCGCCCUGUAUACUAUCAUCAUGAUAGACUGGGAUGCACCAGAGGCGGUGAGAGCGAUACACCACUUUAUGAUGGUAGACGUGUCAAACGGGGACUCUAAGACUGGCACUGUUCGUUCUGAGUACAUCGGAUCAGGUGCUCCCGAAGGAACAGGCUUGCAUCGAUAUUGCUUCUUUGUCUUCAAACAACCGCCAGGAUUCAAACCUGACGGGCCAUAUCUUCCAAGAAGUCGAGAGAGAAGGAAAAAGUUCUGCUUGAAGCGGUAUGCUGCUGAGAAUGACCUGGGUGACCCGGUUGCAGGGAACUUCUUCCAAGCUCAGUACGAUGACUAUGUCCCCACGCAGACGGCAGAAUUGAAUGCGGCAACAAAAACUAAGAAUUUAGAUUUUUAUCAAUAGAGAUUUUACGUAACUCUAUUGGAGCGGCACUCCAGGUUGGGCGCGUGGUACCACCCCGCUUACCACCCCUGAACUUUCAAGUAGUAAGAAAAAGAGGGGGGGGGGGGGUUAAAAAAAGAUAUGGUAGAAGAAAAUGGAAAAAUGAAGAAGGAAAGGUAUUAAAAUAAGUGGACGAUGUAAACAAACAAAAGGUGCAUCAAUGAUCAAGGGACAUCAUACUCAGUAUAUAGCGCCUUUGUAUGGCUUCGUCUUUGACCCUCUACGAUCCCUGAUACGACCCCUCUACGACCCAUCUACGAUCCAUGAAGGAAUAGUACGAUGACUGAUUAUACAGUGAAUGCAAAAAUCGUAACCACCUACAAUACCAUAAAAACAUCGUAGACUAUACUCCAUUGUAUGGUAUUCGUAGCAAAUGUAAACGGGUCAUUAAGCAUGACUUUACAUUUGUGAAAUAGCAGAUUUAUCAGGAUAUGCAUAUUAGGAUAAGCCAAACAGCAGUAGAGUAAUUUCUGUUAAGAUUAAACUAAGAAACAAUUUUUUCAUUGCUUUUGAUAGCAUCAAAAUGCAUUAGGAAUAGUCCAUGAUAAAAUUAAGUUCAUCUUAGUUCAAAAUUACGUAUGUUUAUGAAUUAGAUUUCAAAGACAGUUGUUGAUUAUUAUUUGGAGUAUUAAUUCAUUUCUUUAAGUCAGAUCCCUGUUACCAUUCCAGGUCGAACCUUCCAUUUUAAAGCAUUUCUUUUUGUUUUAGAUUGAUAAUCGAUUAUAAAGACAACUGCUGAGAUUUUAACCUGAUGUUAAGUCAUGAUUUUUUUUAAGAAAAAUAAAUAAUUAAAUAUCUGAUAGUAUUUUUUGAUAAUAUAAAGAGUACGCCUUGUUAGUUUAGAUCAAGAGUAUCAUGUAGUGAAACUGAAAUCAUGCAAUAGUUUUGAAUAUAUCCAGUCAGUUUAUUUCAUUGAAUCGAAAUUACCUGUAUGAAUUUGAAACACACAGGGAUCCUUGGUUUUCAAUUGGAGGUCAUUUCGUCCGCGGCAAAUUUGAUAAGAAAAAAAAAGAUCAUCACUUCUGUAUGAAACACAUAUUCCCAAUAAAAGUAUUUGCUGUGACUCUCAAAAGGGAGCACACUUGUGUAGGAACAGCAUAUUUACAUUAGAAAUUUUGGUCAUGGAUCUCAAAAGACCGGAUGUGCUCCCGGAUCCGCUACUGAUAAUUACCUAUAACUUUCUUGAAAUUUUGAUAUUUUAACACUUUCAUUUUUCACCUUGUACAUGUAUGUGUUACAGUGGCGUACCUAGGAUUUUCCACAGGGAGGGGGGGGGGCAAAAUAGUCCGCCAAAAAAAUUGACAAGCCCCCCCCCCCCAAAAAAAAAGGUCUUCAACUUCAAUGAAGGGGGCCACUGUUGGCUCGUCUCGCAGGGGGGGGGGGGGGGGCAAUACGUCCCUUGCAUGGGUUGUGACUCGUCAGGGGGGGGGGGUGGCAGUCUGUCUCCCCCAUAGGUACGCUAGUGAUGUGUUAGAUGCAUUUCUGUGAAAGUCUGUUUAAAACUUUUCUGAAGCUCUAAAUAAGAUCUUGCAUGCAAAAUCAGCUCCAAAUUUUGUAGUGAGUAUAUGAAAAUUAUAUUCAUGUCAUGUUUAAUUUUAUGCAGAUUCUGAUACACAAUGACAGUGUGAAAUUAAAAAGGGAUAAGCAAUGGCAUAAUAUCUGCAGUUCAUUGGUUUGUGUUGUUGUUGAAAAUUAUCGUUUUACAUGUAUGUAAUUAUCUCAAUUUAUAUUGUUUUUAAAAUAAAUGGUAUAAUUGUAUAUAUCAUAAUGU